UUCGGCAGGAAGGGGACAAGAUUUGAACCUCGUCUGAUUCGACCCAUUCCGACCGCCAGCUUAACGACUUUCAACCCGGUCACACAUCACCGUCCACCACACGCCGCCACGAUGAGACCUACGCAAGCUCUUAUGGGAGGACCCAGCGUCCCUCACGGGAAGUACAACCACCACCUCGGCUGGUGGGGACACAUUGGCGGCGAGAAGCAGAGAGGCAUCAUCACCUUCGGCAUUACCCCCAACCGUCAGAACCCCUUUGCCGGCGCUGCCCACGACGCCGUCUUCAACACCUGGCGCCGCACCAGCGCCCAGAUCCUCUACGUUGUCCCUCCUCUGCUUGCUGGCUGGUACAUCAUGGACUGGGCCAUCCACCGCAACCACUACCUGAACUCCAAGCAGGGCCGCGCCGAGUUCGCCGAUGAGGAGUAAAUACAAUUUUCGACAAUAGUGAGUGGCGAGAGCUAGAGGCGGACAACGAUUCCCUGUGUCAAAACACGUGUAUAUCAACUACGUAGAGGGGAGAUGUGGAAUAGAACCCCAAUUUUUUGACGAUU